GAAUCCAAAACAUUUUGAUAUUGAGGUACGCGUUUCUCGCGUACCUCUUACAGAACUCCAGGCAUUGUUGGCAAUAUCGCCAUGCUACUGACAUCUGUCACUCUCCACGCUUUCUCUCUUUGACCCGCCGGCUUGGACACGUUGAGACUGCACGCGGCUCGUAACGGUUGAAACUAUCCGUCAGGGCGGCUAUAUUAAACUGAGGAGGCUGUCCCGCAGCAACGUGGUGCAACAACUAUCACAAUGCACCAUAAGGGGAUGCUUUCCCAUCUACGGCGAGUGUCAAGUGCUACAGAGCAAACUGGAGUCGACGUUUCCGCGUACUCGAUGUUGCGGUGCUUCGGCCUGAUUUGGUUAGAGCUUCGUCGGUCUCCCUCGAUAGGGAAGCUGGAUCCCGAGAUUCGGAUCUAUGACUGAGGGACGUUCCGUUCUGUCGGAGCUAGCGUAUGCGUUCG